AGAUAAUUUUGGAGCAGCGGAAAGGGCAUAAUUGAAGAGCUUUUAAUACAUUGACCUGAACGAGUGAAAAAUAAACACAACGGAAAAGAAAAUCUGUUUUUAAAGAUAUAACGGGCUGAAGAAUGACGUUACUAAGCGAAGGUAAAAGAUAACGCCAACAUGGAUAUAGAUCAUAUAGUGCUGGAUAAAGAAGCAAUCAACCGAUUUGAACAGUAUACUUUAGCCAAGCCUUCGCUCAAUGGAGGUAUACCUUUGGACAGAUGCCAAGAUGCAGACUCAAUGGUAUCUAAUAGCAAGAAAAGAGCGCAAAGUUCCCGCCAAAAAGUUGUAUGCUGUUUCUGUUUCAAAACCACAAAGUACAGAAGAAAACAGUUCUUAAUCGGAUCAUUUACAAAUUUUGUGAUAUUUGCAGUACUAUUAGCAUACAUUUUCUUAGGUUCGUUUAUAUUCUUAGCUAUAGAGGGUGGGGCAGAAAUGCCAGCGAGACCUCGUAUACUACCUGAUAGACAAAAGCUAAGUCAUAAAGAAAAUAAUAAUACAGAAAAGAAAGAUACUGAUGAAGAAAAUAACUUUAGCAAUUUGACGGUGUCUGCUAAUUAUUUUUGGGAAGCAAGAAGCAGAGCGGUAGAAAAUAUUUGGGAAAUAACGGUGUCCCUGAAUAUUUUGUAUAGAGAGAAUUGGACACGAUUAGCAGCACAAGAGAUUUUGAAGUUUCAAAACGAGCUAGUUCAGCGGGUGACGACAGAGAUGGCGUCACAAUAUGGAGUCAGUUACAGAGAGAUGGCGCUGGGAGAAUUUGGGGGUAGCGAGCUUGCUAACCAUUAUGAAGAACAUGAAUGGAAUCUGGCGUUGGCGUUUUUCUACUCACUUACUGUGCUAACUACCAUUGGAUACGGCAACAUCGCUCCAAGAACCAUACUGGGCAAAGGAGUCACCGUGAUAUAUGCUUUGAUCGGCAUACCUCUCACCCUGGUCUACCUGUCCAAUGUGGGUUCAUUGCUCUCAAAGAUGGCCCGAAGCGUCUUCAGCAGAGCACUCUGCUGCUGUCUCUGCUCUAACUGCGGCUACUGCUGCUACGACGAAAGAAGAAUGGCCGAGAAGGAAAGAAGAAUGAAACUAAAAAGACAACAAGAAGAACUCAACAGUCAGAAUACUAGCAAAACUCCCACAGAAGAAUGCUACGUUCUAAAAGCUGAUAGUCAAAAGACUCAUCAGUUUCAGAAAGACCUACCACCAGUACAGCUAAGGACGAUGUCAUCAGUUGGCCUGAUACUGACUCUAAACUGUCUAUGCAUGGUUUAAGUAUUCUAGCACCAGUAUUAUUAUGUUUAACCGCGAUAUUCAUUUAUAUCUCUGUCGGGGCUAUUGUUCUUUUCAAGUUAGACCAUAUGGGAAUCGUAGACGGAUUCUAUUUCUGUUUCAUGGCUUUGAG